AUGAGGUGUUUAUUUAAACUGGGCUCGGUGUUACCGCGGCUGAAUGGACGGUGCUUUGGGAGGAGUGUGUGGAGCGGUCACGGAGCUGAGAGGAAAGUUGGAGUGGAAUUAGAGGGCAGAAAACUGGAAAUAUCGACAGGGAAGUUUGCCAGAUUUGCUGAUGGCUGCUCUGUUGUACAGCUUGGUGAGACCUCUGUGAUGGUCACUGCCGUCAGCAAGACAAAACCGUCACCAUCCCAGUUCAUGCCCCUCGUGGUGGAUUACAGACAGAAAGCAGCAGCUGCUGGAAGAAUCCCCACCAACUACCUGAGACGAGAGCUGGGCACCACUGAUUUUGAGAUUCUUACCAGCAGACUCAUAGAUCGUUCUAUCAGGCCGCUUUUUCCUGCUGGUUACUUCUAUGAUACACAGAUAUUGUGCAACAUUUUAGCUGUUGAUGGUGUUAAUGACCCAGAUGUGCUUGCCAUUAAUGGAGCAUCUGCUGCUCUUGCUACCUCAGAUAUUCCCUGGAAUGGGCCUAUUGGCGCAGUGCGCAUCGGCCUCGUAGACGGGGAGUUUCUCGUAAACCCGUCACGGAAGGAGAUGAGCUCCAGCAUUCUGAACCUAGUGAUAGCAGGAGCUCCUUCCAGCCAAGUGGUGAUGAUGGAAGCAGCGGCUGAGAACGUGCUGCAGCAAGACUUCUGCCAUGCUGUCAAACUGGGAGUGAAACACACGCAGCAGAUCAUCCAUGCCAUCCAGCAGAUGGCCAGAGAGAUGAAAGUGGUCAAGCGCACACCACAAAAACUGUUUAAUGCACCGGUGGAGAUAGUGGAGUACACACGACAAGUGGCUAGCGACAAGAUCUAUGCUAUUUUCACAGAUUUUUCACAUGACAAGGUUUCCAGAGACGAAGCUGUAAACAAAGUCCGACUGGACACAGAAGAAGAGGUUAGAGGAAAGUUUCCUCAAGCAGAAACCUUUGAUGUGAUUGAGGCCUUUAACGUAGUGUCUAAGGAGAUUUUCCGUAAUUUAGUUCUUAAUGAAUUUAAAAGGUGUGAUGGAAGGGACCUGACAUCUGUAAGAGAUAUUUCAUGUGAGGUGGAUGUGUUCAAACCACUGCAUGGCUCUGCGCUUUUUCAAAGAGGUCAAACCCAGGUACUCUGUAGUGUAACGUUUGAUUCUAUAGAGUCCAGUGUAAAACCAGAUCUUAUAACCACAGCUUUAAGUGGGAUUAAGGAUAAGAAUUUCAUGCUGCACUAUGAGUUUCCUCCUUAUGCGACUAACGAGACUGGUAAAGUUGGUGGAAUAAACAGAAGAGAACUCGGUCACGGGGCACUGGCUGAAAAAUCGUUGAGACCGGUCAUUCCUAAAGACUUCCCAUUCACAAUACGUGUCACCUCCGAGGUGCUGGAAUCCAACGGCUCGUCGUCUAUGGCAUCUGCAUGUGGAGGCAGUCUAGCUCUAAUGGAUGCAGGUGUCCCAAUCUCUUCAGCUGUGGCUGGGGUUGCGGUUGGUCUCAUAUCUAAACCCAACCCAGACAAACCAACUGAAAUUCAGGACUAUAGAUUAUUAACAGAUAUUUUGGGAAUUGAGGACUAUAAUGGAGACAUGGACUUUAAAAUGGCAGGAACCAACAAGGGCAUCACUGCUCUACAGGCAGAUGUAAAGAUACCCGGGUUGCCUCUAAAAGUCGUGAUGGAGGCAAUACAGCAGGCAACAGUGGCCAAAAGAGAAAUCUUAGGCAUCAUGAAUAAAACCAUUACAAAACCAAGAGCCUCCCGCAAGGAAAACGGUCCACUCGUUGAGAACGUGCGUGUACCGAUCUCCAGAAGAGCUCGCUUCGUCGGUCCUGGAGGACACAACCUCCGCAGGUUACAAGCUCAGACAGGUGUAACAAUAAGCCAGGUGGACGAGGAGACCUUCUCAGUUUUUGCCCCAACCCCUCACGCUAUGAAUGAAGCUCAGGAGUUCAUCACUGAAGUCUGCAAAGAUGACCAAGAACAGCAGCUUGAAUUUGGAGCGGUGUACACAGCAACCAUCACAGAAAUAAGGGAUAUUGGUGUUAUGGUAAAGCUGUACCCCAACAUGAGUCCUGUACUACUCCACAACUCACAGCUUGAUCAUAAACGGAUAAAACACCCUACUGCUCUUGGACUAGAGGUUGGCCAACAAAUCCAGGUGAAGUAUUUUGGACGUGACCCCACGGACGGCAGGAUGAGGCUAUCGCGUAAGGUGCUCCAGUCUCCUGCAGCCUCAGUGGUGAAGACUUUAAGCGAGAGACAGAGCAUCAGCAUGGGACCAGCAGUGGACAGCCAGGCAUCUUGAUAAAUCUAACAGCAACAGACUGAGGGGGUUUUUGGUUGGUUGUUUUUUGUUCCUCUCCCAAAAUCCUGUGACCAGAUCAGUAACUUGUUCUCUGCUCUAUUAGAACAGCUUUACUACAGAGUGGAUGCAGGAAGGAUAAAUGUACUUUAUUUAGGUAUAAUGUACAUUGCCAGGCCAAUGUAUAUAUUUUAAUAAUGCUGACACAUUGGAAAAAAUGUUGCUUUGUCUUGUUUGCUUGCACUUUUUAUUGUAGCAGAAAUAUAAAAUAAUAAAAUAAGUGGUAUAGAAUGAAUGCUGUAGUGCAGCUUAAAAAAGACACAGAGGGUUAAUCAAUGAUAAAGAGAUUGUUCUAGGGACAUUCACUAUACAGGUAGUCAAUAAACAACCUACAGUGCUCUGUGACGUGUAAAAAUAAUAAACACGUAACACGUUUACUUCUGGUGCGUGGAUGCUAAGAGCUUCAGUCACAAAGCCUGCUCAACUACAUCAUCUUUAAUGGCGCAAGUGGUGUAGACCAAGAGAAUUGUAGAGGUCUGAUUGCCUAUUGACUACUUUCAAAAGGUCUGGUGGUGCUGUUGGGAGACGUUUAGCUGGCAUGGCUUGGAUCCACUUGUCUUCUUGGAUGAAAGAGAUGCUUAAAAUGAAUACAGAGUUAUGCUGGAUGAUCUCUGUUCUGGUUCUUUUAAUUUGUUGCAGUUUGUUAAUCAGAUGUCCCCGACUGUGCUAAAUAAAAUCUAAAUCUGCUUUUGACAGAGGGAUCGGUUGUCAUUUAUUUUCAAUUGGAGCUGGCAAAAAUGUCAUAACCCAUGUCAAGGGGGUCCCAGAAAAAAAUAUUUUUAAACACCGGGGGGUCUAAGAGAAAAAAGGUUGAGAACCACUGUUCUACACCAUUGCAGGCACUUGGAAACUUUGACAGGAAGAGGUCUGGUAGACCCUAAGCAUCAGAAGUAAUUGGAAGCAUUGGAAAUGUAUCACAGGACAACAACUUUGAGCACAGCAGAGCUACGCAAGAUCAUUCUUCAGUAAGACAAUGAUUUGAAACAUUUCUCCAGGCUGUGUCAGAACAAAGAACAAAUGGAAAGGUCAACACAGUCUACAGACGUAGACCAUCUAGCUGGUUUGGGAUGAAUUGGACUGAAGGAUCUAAGCAAAGCAAGCUACAAAGUUUUUUGUGCUGCUUGUGGGAACUUUGUGUGCAACAGUGUUUGGAUGAACUUAUUGAUCAAUAUUUGAUUUCUUUUGUAGAAAGAAGUCCUAGAGUAUGUUUAGCUUCUGUAGCUGUAAACAGUCAAACAUUUUAUUAAAUUUUGUUUAACAAAAUCCAUAAUGUUUUUAUGGUCAAUUGUUUUUGAUGGACGCUUUAAAUUCCAGAGUACAUUGAGACAAUAAUCUGCAUAAAUGCCAAUGAAAAUGGGAGAAUAGUGCUCCUACUCAAAAAUAUAAAGCCAUCAGUGUUCUGUGAUUAGAAAGAUUAACAUGAUGUGAAUGGGGAAAAAAUGAGCUCCAGUCUUUAAAGCCCCUUUACACCCCUUUGUUGCACAGUACCCUACAGUACACAUCCAAAUUCAGAACUAUCUGUACUGUGUCUCUGUUUGUUUUUUAUUACACAUUGUUAUCAGUGAAAAUAGGACCAGUUUGCAAUGAGAGCAAACAUGCCACAAUAACUAUAUAACAGCUAUAACAACAGAAUGACUUUUGGUUUGCCCCACUGGACUUGGUGUGAUGCUUUAUAUCUUGUAAAUCUGUUUUGUGUGUUUUUCAUGACAGCGCUUUAAUAAAAUCUAUUGUAGUUGGGUUUUAAA